AGCUAAUUAAACCCAUCGACAAACACACAUAUAUGUCUACAUCUCCGACAAUGUCUCGUACAGGCGAAAGUUCAUCAGGCUCAUCCUCCGACAAGACGAUAAAGCUAUUCGGCUUCGACCUCAAUAGCGGCAAUCGCUCGCCGGAAAUCACGACGGCGGAAAGCGUGAGCUCGUCCACAAACACGACGUCGUUAACAUUGAUGAAAAGACUUGAGUGCCAAUACUGUGGCAAAGAGUUCGCAAAUUCUCAAGCCUUAGGAGGUCACCAAAACGCCCACAAGAAAGAGAGGUUGAAGAAGAAGAGGCUUCAGCUUCAAGCUAGACGAGCCAGCAUCGGCUAUUAUCUCACCAGCCACCAACAACCCAUAACGACGUCAUUUCAGAGACAAUACAAUACGCCGUCAUAUUGUGCCUUCUCAUCUAUGCACGUGAAUAAUAAUCAGAUGGGUGUGUACAACGAGGAGUGGUCGUCGAGGUCGUCGCAGAUUAGCUUCGGUAAUAAGGACACGUGCCAAGAUCUUAAUGAACAAAGUGGUGAGAUGGGUAAGCUGUACGGUGUACGACCGAACAUGAUUCAGUUCCAGAGAGAUCUGACUUCUCGUUCUGAUCAGAUGAGAAGUAUUAAGUCGCUGGAUCUUCAUCUAGGUUUUGCCGGAGAUACGGCAUAACAAAGCGAGAGAUAUAUGAUUAAGAUUAUAUGUACUAAUGGUGUAUUUUAUUGGGAUCAGGAAGGAAAAAAAAAACGAGACAUAGUAUUCUUGAUGCAAUUUGAGUUUUAUUUAUUUAGGUUUAUGUAUGUAUUUGAAAUGAAUUCAUUCCAAAUGA